AAACGCAUCCGUGGGUCUUGCCGUCUUCGUCUUGCUCCCUUAGUCUCCCACUCUUCUCGCAGUCGCUCACGGCUCACGGCUCACCUCACUCACAGUCGCUCACAGGCUCACUUCGCUCACAGGAUCACAAUCUCACAGUCUCACAGUCGCUCACGGCUCACCUCACUCACGGCUCACCUCUCUCAGUCUCUCACUCUUCUCCAAGCAUUCUCAACCAAUGCUAAAAGGAUACAACUCGGUGGGUAGUUUCCAGUCGUUCGUCCCUCACCUAGCCAUCUGUUAGUGCCAGUUUCCAGCCGUCCAUCCCUCACCUAUACUUGUUGGCUAUACACACAGACACAGGGCUGAGAGAAUCUGACUAGUUCAACAGAGCUCGUGCUUGAAGCUUCAAGAUAUCCCGACACACCAGCAAGUGAACUAUGCUGGUGCUUCCCAGUGGAAACCUCAUGCUUCUCCAUAGCAGAACAUUAAUUUCCUCGAUACAUAGAGGAAUCACAAGGCAAAUGGGUUUUACUCGAACCCUCUGUUCGCACCAUGAGGACCCAGAAAUGAAAGACUUAAUGAAUUACAUUGAUUCCCUGAAAAAUUAUGAGAAAUCAGGAGUGCCCAGAGGGGCAGGCACCGAUUCUCAAGAGGGGUUCGAUCUUGGUAGAAUGAAACGCCUGAUGGAGCGUUUUGGUAAUCCUCACUCCAAAUUCAAGGCUGUUCAUAUUGCUGGGACAAAGGGAAAGGGAUCAACAGCUGCUUUUAUAUCUAAUAUUCUGAGGGCAGAAGGUUAUUCUGUUGGUUGUUAUACUAGUCCACAUAUCCGGACUAUCAGGGAACGCAUUUUACUAGGAAGAUCUGGGGAUCCUGUCUCGGCGAAAUUGUUGAACAAUCUUUUUCAUAGGAUCAAGCAGGAUCUUGACCAAGCAGUGAAAGAGGAAAAUGGUUGCAUAAGCCAUUUUGAGGUUUUCACUACGAUGGCAUUCAUCCUAUUUGCUGAUGAGAACAUUGACAUUGCUGUUAUUGAGGCUGGGUUAGGGGGCACACGGGAUGCAACAAAUAUUAUCUCCAGCUCUGGACUUGCUGCAUCAGUCAUAACCACUGUAGGUGAAGAACAUUUGGCAGCUCUUGGGGGUUCUUUGGAAACUAUUGCAAUGGCAAAGGCAGGAAUCAUAAAACAAGGCCGCCCAUUGGUGUUGGGUGGGCCAUUUCUCCCUCAUAUUGAGCACAUCAUUCGAGAUAAAGCAGUAACCAUGGAUUCACCUGUAGUGUCAGCAUGUGAUACAGGGAAUAAAUGUACUGUAAAAAGUUUCAGCAUACACAAUGGCAGGCCUUGUCAAAUUUGUGAUAUUGUGAUACAAGUUGUGAAAGAUUCGAAACUGUCCUGUAAGUUACUUGAUGUGAAGCUGCAAAUGCCUGGUGGUCACCAACUUCAAAACGCAGCAACUGCUACUUGUUUGGCACUGUGUCUUCGUAAUUUAGGAUGGAGAAUUUCUGAUGAAUCUAUUAGGUCUGGUUUAGAGCAUACAUAUCUCCUUGGAAGGAGUCAAUUCCUAACAUCUGAAGAAGCUGAGGUAUUAGGACUUACUGGAGCAACAAUAUUACUGGAUGGAGCCCACACCAAAGAAUCUGCCAAAGCACUGAUGAAUACAAUAAUGAUGGCGUUUCCCAAGGCUCGAUUGGCAUUUGUUGUUGCAAUGGCAAGUGACAAAGACCAUGUGGGUUUUGCUAGAGAGAUUCUGUCAGGGCUGCACGUGGAGACUGUUCUUUUGACUGAAGCUGCUAUUGCUGGAGGUGUAACUCGAACAACUCCAGCUUCUUUGUUGAGAGAUUCUUGGAUUAAAGCUUCUGAAGAGCUUGGUGUUGGGAUUAUUCACGAUGGAAUGGCAGAAUACAGUGAAUUAUUAAAGGAUCAGCCAGUAAGCUCUGCAAGCAAUUUGGGUGAUGGUAAGACCAUACUGGCUACUGAGUCGUCUUUGAAGGGUUGUUUGAGAACUGCUAAUAAUAUUCUCAUAAGAAGCGGGAAUGAAAAGGGUAUUAUUGUCAUCACUGGAUCUCUGCAUAUUAUAUCCUCAGUCUUAGCUUCUCUCGAUGGUUAAUGGCUUUUUAUUAUGAAGCUACUCAAACCGAAUUUCUCAGCAAUUACAAACCAAAAGUGAAGGCCCAGUAGAAUCCUGAAUGGCUUUAUAUCAACAUUCCACAGCACUGUUUCUAGGCUUCAUUUAAUAAGUUAUAAUUACUGUGCAACAGUUCUCUAGGACUGGAAUUUUGGAUGGUGUUACAUAAAUGAUCAACAUUCAACAGCAAUGUAUUAAGUCUAGAAUGAAUAUUUUAUGG